CCGAUGCUACCGACGCUCCCCCCUUUUCCCAAGCACCGGGAGUCCCCCCCCGCGCCGCCGGUGGGGGUCGGGCGCGCUCGCUGCGGUGGCGGGGACGCCUCCUCGCCGUCGCCAAGGCACCGGCUGCCCCCUCCCAACCCGCCCUCCCGGCCCCCCCCACUCCGACGCCGCCCGGGCGACCGUGGCUUUAGAUUGUUACUGUGCCGCUGGGGGGGUAACAGUCUACAGCCAUGGUCGCCGGGACAGGCGGACUCGCACCGCGGGCAGCACCGGCUCCCCCCACUCGCCCACCCCCGGGGGUCCCCGAGGCGGCGGGGGCGGGGGUCCCGUCGGGGGCGGCCCGCCUCCCGGGGCAGUAGGAGCUCACAUGCAGGAUGCAGCUCACCGCACAUCAACUCUUACUGUUCGGGGGGGCGGGCGCCGAGCGGCUCCUCCUCGGGCAGCGGGAACGAUGGGGACCCCCUCCUCGGAUCCCCCAUCCUGGCCCCCGCCCCGCAGCCCCUCACCUGCCCUCCCGGCGGGGACCCGGAGCCCCUCGGGGACCGUCCCCGCCGGGCUCGUCCCGCCGCAUCUGUCCGCUCGGCAGCCGGGGUCCCGUCCCCCCGUCCCGUGUCCCCCCGGCUCGCCGCCGGUGCGCGGGGGGACCGCGGGCCGCUCGCGGAGGCCGCGCCGGGAGGGUCCGGGCGGCGGGGGCGAGCUCCGGGCGCCGGGAAGGGUGGGGAGGGCCGGGAAGCCCGGCCCUGCCGGCGGCUCCCGACGCCCAGCCCCGGCAAGAGACUCCCGACAAAAUGGCGAAGCGGGGCCGGGCUCAUUGUGCGGCGGGGCCGGGGCGGGGGCGGCCGGGGGCGGUCGCAGGUUGCACAACCCGCCCGGCGCGGCCAGGAGAUUCCUGAGCGGCGAAGUCAGAGCGGCCCGGCCUGCCCCGGCACCGGGCACCGGGCCUCCAGCAGCCGGCGGCGACCGGUGCUGGCCGGGCAGGGCUCCUCGUGGGGGGCACCGGGGACGCACGGCCCUGGAGGCGGAGAGAGGGGGCUGGAAGGGCUGUGGUGACCACAGAGCCGGAGGGGAGGGAGGUACCUCAUCCCAUGGGGACACCGGGGAUGUAGGGUCAGGCCCAAAAGGGUGAGGGUGGCAGUGGCAAGAGGGACAGGAAGAGUCCCUGAGAAAGAACUUUCAGUCCUGGGAUGCUGCAGCACAGGGCUCUUGCAGGUGUCCCACCUAGACUGAGUUAGGGUCACGCAGGGUCCCCUGGUCACACUCUCCCUCUCCAAAGCAGCCCCAUUUGGAUCCCUCACCCAUCCAUGGGGUCAUGCUGCUCACCUGGCAGCUCUGCCCUCACCCAGACAGGCAUGGCCACCACCCGGCCCCCAGGGGCCAGCAGGGCCACAGUGGGACACAGGAGCUGCAGGCAGGGGAGGAUCAGAGGUAGCAGGUCCCUGCUGUGCCCUGCUGUGUCUCUUGCUUGUUCCCUUUGACUCCUGCUUUUCCCCUCACUGCCAUUGGUGAGGGGACAAGCACCUCACACCCUCAGGAUGGGGAUUUUCGGGCAGUCCUACCAGCACUCAGGUAAAACCACAGCUACGUCCAGCACAUCCAUGCAGCAAAGUUGCCACUGCUACAAACCCCACCCUCCAUCCUCUGGGAAACACCUCCUUGUUUACACCCCAUCAACAGCAUCACAGUGAGGUCCAGGCCACGGUGACAUCAGUGUCCCUUCCAGGGUACCCCUGGGUGAGGGGACAUGUCCCAUGGCCAGUGCUGUGGCCCCUUGGACCCCACUCUCCAGCCCGGGAACGUUCCAGCUGCAUUGUUGUUUUGAAGGCCAAGUCUCUCCCGCUGACACCCUGGAAUCAGUUUUUCUUCCAGAGUCCUUAAAAAUAUCCUGGAUUCCUGACACCAGGACUUGUCUUCCAACGGCGCUUCCAAGCCGCUGGGCCUGGGGCCAGCCGCCAGCGCCAGGGGACAGAGGCUGUCCAGCUCCCGUGCUCCUCCUCAGCACAGAGAUCGCCGGGAAGGAAUGUGGUGCCAAGGAGGAUCACAGCCCCUGCCACGGCCUCUUCCAUGGUGGAUUGGUGCUCAGCAGGGCACAGGCAUGGCACAAACACUGCCUGACCUCAGCAACGCAUCCAGUGGCUUCAGAGCGUGUCCCGGUGCACGGCCAGGAGGGUGGGAAGGGUCUUCCUGGCACCUCCAAGCCAUGACCCUACAGAGCCCAGCAGCUGAGGACAGGGGUGGACACUGCCUCAGCGAAGGUCCCAAGGGACUCUCCCGGAUGGGAUUUCCCUGUGCAUCCCUGGGAAAGCACGUGGCCCCAGAAAACUUCUUAGACCAACCUGUCACCCACUCCUGGCUUUGCCAAGUGGCAUCCUGGAACCGUAGGAAUUUAGGGUGGGCCUGGGGGGGCUGAGCCAGCAAAGCUGGGGGGGCUGCAGGAAGAGGUGCUGCUGUUGCCCCCCCAAAGGCCAGGCAGGUGCCCACCAGCCCCACAUGCUGUUGCUGCCAUCUGACAGCACUUGGCGAAACGGCCUUUUGUGAUUCAGCCGUGUUUAUCCCAGCCUGCAGCCCGGCCCAGCGUGGGUUUCCAUGGAAAACUUCCAUCCAAAACAAGGAGAGAGAAGGAGCUACAGCAGGAGUGACUCAGCCACAACUGGAAGCUUCUGCGAGUGAAGCAGGGAAGGGGGGGCUGUUCCCUACAGCUUGGUCCUGCUCCAGCAGCGGGGCCCCAGCAUGGUCCCAGCUGUCCCCUGCCCGUGCCACUGCCACUUCACAGGCAGGACCGUGGCAGGUUUGGGGAAGCCUCGCUGUAAAACCAUCUGGGAAACACAUCAUCCUCCAGGAGAGCCCCCUCCCCAUGCCUCUGGCAGGUCCUGCCAGCAGGGACUGAGGAGGAAGAGCAUGAGAUGAGUAAGGCUCAAACCCUGGCAGGAGCCGCACCUGAGGUCUCUUUUUCCAGCGCUGCCCACAGCAACCCCACCCAUGCCCAGUGUGCCCAAGUGGGUGGCUGGCAGGGUGGGCAGUGGCAGUGAACUCGAGGUGGCAGUGGCACAGAGGGAAGGGGUGAGGAGAGCUGGGGAGAAGUGGGAAAACAGCCAGGAAUUUGCAGGCAAGCAGCAGAAGCAGCAGCACCAGCAGCACCGGCGGUGUCUCUGCUCCUGCCGGGCUCCUCCUGCCCUCCCCGGGACACUGGGACAGGGCUGGGGGCUCUGCUCACCCAGGGAAGGGGCAGCAAAGCUCUGCCUGGCUGAGCCCUGGACUCCAUGCCCACGGCAGGCUCCUCACAAGCAGGGCCCCAGCCAGGGUCCUUCCUGUCCCUGAGGUCACACAGGUGGCUCCAGUGGCUGCACUGGGAUAUGGAAAGGCACAUCUGGGGACAGGGAUGACAACACCCAGGCUUCUGCUGCUGCCACUGGUGAUUGUCCCCAGGCCCUCUUGUCUCAGGCAAGUGGCACAGCUGCCACCCAGAUCCCGGGCUCACUCCAUCACCCCCCUGCUCAACCACAGCAACUGGCCCACGCUGUUUUGGGGGAAAAAACAACUCCCCUGGGUCACGCUGGGUGAUGGAAAAGGGAACUCCCCAGCACGAAGCUGAGUGAGGGGUGGGAGGACUCAGCCAGUCUUGUCUCCAGGCUCACCUCUGCGGGCAGCCAAGUUCUGUGGCUGCAUCCCAAGAACAGACCUGGAUCUGCGAGAGAGGCAGGGGCCAGCCCGAGGGCAUCUCGCCAGGAAAGGAGGGAGAGGGCAGGAUUCCCAUGGCAAACCCCUCCGAGCCGCUUCCCUCCUCCCACCACACCGGGACCAAGCAGGACCUCCCUCCGCUGCUCGCACAGGCACCUCCUGCGAACAAAGGUCGCGUUUAUCUCUUUUUAUUAAUUUAUUUAAACCGCUACAGCAGACACCCGACAGGAGCCAUCUUUAUGCAGACCCCGGGAAAGGGGCAGGAACGGCAGCUCGGGUCACCCAUCCCUCCCCGAGCCACCCAGGGAGCUGCCUGCAGAGCCGGGACCGUGCUGCUCACUCACCGCACCCGGGGCUUCCUCCCGUUCCUUCCCCGUGCCCGGGAGCUCCGGGGCCGCAGUGCGGGCGGGCGGCCAUGGCUGCGGUGCCUCCCCCGCACCGGGAAAGCACCGGGAGCUCGGCCACAACCGAACACCCCCGGGGCUGCGAGCGCCGCCGCUGCCGUCCCUGCGCGGCGGAGGGGGCACAAGCUGCGCUGCGUUGUCACACCGGUCGCUGUGCUCGGCCACAGCUGCAGCCCCAAAAACCCAGCCCGUGGUUUUUGGGACCCCGCGCCCCCGCAGCAGCUGUGACACAGCCCACGUGAAGUGGCACAGACGGCCAGCAGUGCCCGAGCCCCCCCAGCCCCGCAGGGGAAACAGCCACAUCCUCCUGCCAGCAGCAGCACCGCGCCGCAGACCGGGGCAAAGCCGCGAUGGGCGGAGAGCUGCUCACUCCUGCGGCGCUGCUUUCACCCCUGGCACUGCCAGGCCCGCUCCCAGCUCAGCACAGGGAGGGUUUCUGCAGCACAGCGUCCUGCGGCCUUGCAGAGCUGACAUUGCACUGCCCUGCUGCUCAAGCAGGGGGGAAAUUCACUUUUUUUCAUCCCAUUUCCCUCUUUCACCAGCUCUACAUCCCCAAGGAAAGCCAUGGUUAGAGAAGUUCUCCUAGCACUCCUCUCCUGAGACUGGUGCCCAGCGCUGAGCUGGGCAGAAACUGAGCAGGACACCUGCAACUGUUACAGCAAUAAAGAUUUUCCUGUGCUUCUGGAUAAUACAGAGCCACAAACAAGCUUUUCUUGUUCAUGGAGGCACUUUGUACAAGGAAGAUUCAACACACGCACACUGAGCCAGCAGGCAUUUAAUUCCUGAAACAAACACCAGCCCUGGCACUGCCAAGGAUGAGAGAGUUUUGCAGGCCCAGACCAGCUGGAAGCUUGGCUUAACAGGUAUUAAAAACCACGAGGUUUUGGGGUGUAAAACUGCAAGAGCUCUGUGCUCUGCAGACACUUCCUGUGGCUGAGCUGAGGAACUCUCUUUUUGAGCAGGUGUUUGAGUCUCUGAAAGCACCUUUCCCACAGAGCAGUGUCACUCUCCUGCCCUCAACCCCCUCACUGUCACACCCCCACACCCAUGUGUUACAUGUCAUAUACAUUAUAUAUAACUUUAUAUGCAUACAUAUAUAUAUAUAUACACAUAUAUUUUAUACUGAUGUAUGCAACAAAGCUGAAAAAAAGGGAGAUAAAGAACCA